AAGAUAACUCGGGAUCCCGCGGUCUGAGAUUUUUCCACUUGUUCUCCAGAGAGUUCAGAUCAAAAUAACAAUCCAAGAAGAAAGUUUCUUCCUGUAUUCAUUAUGCACUUGCCCCAUCUGGAAGCAACAUUGUAAGAUCCUCUUUGUUUAUGGAACUGGAUUUCCAGGCUGCUGCUCCAUCCCUGCACCCCAAAAGGAUCUGCCGAGGAUUGGCUGCAAAUUAAUGCAGUAAUUAAGCAAUAAAAGAGAUGAGCUAUUGGAGCAGAAAGUCUGCGCUUUUAGGGCACACUCUAUUCAGUAAAAUUGAUGGUUUCUCAACCUUGGAAAGGUUGUGUGAAUUUCCAACUCUCAGAAUCCCCCAGCCAACAGGUUCUGGGAGUUGAAGUCCACACAUCUUAAAGUUGCCAAGUUUGGGAUAUGCUGGUGUGAAUCCUUGCCUUUGGAACAAAUUUGUCACGUCUUUGCUCAUGUUUUAGAUGUCUUUUAUCUCACCUUUAUUACUUUUAUAAAUAUCUCCAGAGGUGAAGAUGCACAGCGUUCCUUCCUCCUCCCAUUUUCUCAUAGCAACAACCUUGUGAGGUGGGCUGGGCCAAAGUUACCCAGCCGGCUUUAUACCUAAGCCCGGACUUAUUAAGUAUUAAUUAAUAAUACCGUAUUAAGGUUCACUUAAUAAAGCAGCUUCUUUCCAUUCUUGUAAAUGCAGCCAGGGGAUAUAAGCAGGGCAGCUAGCCUCCACCACCAAUGAGCUGCGUUCCAAUAAAGUCGCAGCUUGAAUAUAUUUUUUGUAAGGCUUAAAGUUCCAUUAAGUAACAGAUUGAGGAAGGAGAGGUGGAAUAAAUUAAAUAAAUCAAAUUCCCCUAAAGUCACACUUAUGGAAAGAAGAAGGAAAAUCUUCCAGCCACUCUGAAUCACUGCUGGGAAGAUCCCUCUCUUCCAAAUGGACAGACAAAAUGCGAUACGGUGGUGGUAGCGAUCCAGAAGUCGAUCCAGGAGAGACAUCAGUCAGAAGAGGCAAAAAGAGGGGUGAGUUUCCCCAUAUAUCCCCCCCCCAAAGGAGGGGAGAAAUAGAGGAAAAAGAACAGAGUAAGAAUGUUGGAGGAUCUGUGACAGCUUACAGGAAAAGAGAGGGAGGAAACUGAGUUUUAAAAAAAUCAAAGGGAACAAGGGAAAUCAAUAUAUUAACAAUAAAAUUAAAAAGGGGUUUUUACUCCUAACUGGAGCCAGCCUAGAAAUCAAAGCUAACGUGGAACAGAAAUAGGGGAGAAUGCUGGAAAACACGAGCCACAAUAUUCCUAAAUUAAGAAAAGCAACAAACAAUAAUGUGUUGCAUAAUAUCCAAAUAAAAUUAAAGUUGUAAUUGCUGUUAAGCCAAAUUUUGCUUCAACCCAAGUUUGGGAAUCAUUUCCUUCCUGUUUGGAUUGCUUUUCUUCAUAAUUUUUAAACUGUUCUUGGCCACCUCCAGCUGAUAUUUAUCCCAUUUCAGGGUUCUCUUCUCCAAAUGGAAAACAUCUCCCGCUCAUCCUUCCUGACCCCGUCCACUGCGGGGCCCGAGAAGAUCACCUCUUCAGCCCUGGACUCCUCCCAGGGCAUCGAAAGGAUCCUGCAUCUUCUCUCCAUCGUGGUCUAUGGGGUGGCCUGUCUGCUGGGGGUGACUGGGAACGGCCUGGUCAUCUGGAUCGCCAGCUUCAAGAUGGAGAAGACGGUGAAUGUGGUCUGGUUUCUCAACCUGGCGCUGGCCGACUUUGUCUUCACCUUCUUCCUGCCGCUGAGCAUCGCCUACACGGCCCUGGGCUUCCACUGGCCCUUUGGACGUUUCCUCUGCAAGUUCAACAGCUGCCUGGCCUUCCUCAACAUGUUCGCCAGCGUCUUCCUCUUGACCGUCAUCAGCCUGGACCGCUGCCUCUUGGUGGUCCUGCCUGUGUGGUCCAGGAACCACCGGAGGCCGCGGCUGGCCUGGGCCAUCACAUUGGUGACCUGGGUGGCCGCCUCGCUCAUCAGCUCCCCAUAUUUCCUCUUCCGAGACACGGCCCCGAGUGCGAGGAACGUCACCAGUUGCUACAAUAACUUUGCUCUCUCCAAUAACUAUACCAGUGAGGAAAGCCGGAGGCUGUGGAGGAGGAGGCACAGAGCCAUGAUCCUGGCCCGGUUUGUCUUUGGCUUCCUGUUGCCCUUCACGGUGAUUGUGGUCUGCCAUGGCAUAGUGGCUUUCCAGGUGCAGCGCAGGCGCCUGGCCAAGUCGCCCAAGCCUUUGCGGAUCAUUGCGGCCGUGACGGCCUCCUUUUUCCUCUGCUACUCGCCCUAUCACAUCCUCUCCCUGCUGGAGAUGUCCAAGACAUCCGGCAGUCCGGUAGUCAAGCGGGCGCUGCACCUGGGUGUCCCGCUGGCCUCCAGCCUGGCUUUCUUCAACAGCUGCCUCAACCCGCUUCUCUAUGUCUUUGUGGGGCAGAAGAGCUUCCGGCGGUCCGUGCGUGGAGCUUUUGAGGGGGCCUUCGGGGAGGAUGCCCUCCUGUCCUUGUCCACCAAGAGGAAGUCCCAGGCUGCCUCCCAAACGGAAAUCCGGAUGGCUCAGCCAGGAAACCAAGUUUAAUAAACAAUGUGGAUGAAGAACGAGGGGUCCUCUUCGAUUUCUGUUGUACUUCGGGUCCGGCAAUGGCCAGCUGGACCCAGCUGUUCUUGGAGUCAAAGAUUUGAAUU